AUGGGCUUCAUGUCCUCCAAAUUCCUCAUACAGGCGCAUGCCUUUUUGCUAGUCUUCCUAGCCAUCCAUUUGAUGAGGUCACCAGCAGUUAUCACAGACUCCGACGUCGUAUUCAUGCUAGGAGAGCUCCUGCAAUUGGAUGCAUCUCCAUCGUUCUCCCGUCCUCAAUCCCCCUUUGCCCUGUGCGGCAUCCUUCUGAUCGUCGAUGCCCUGGUCGACUACAUCCUUGUUUCCAAAAUCCCGCAGACCAAUGAAGUCCUCGCAAUGGCUGAGGCUGCACGGUCUCAGGCUCCGAGCUCUGUGGCAGGGGCUAUGCGCGCGAACCCCUUCAUGGCUCGGCUCGGCUCGCUCUACUCGGAAGUCUGGACGUUCCUUUCCGCCACACGCUUUUGUGUCUUCUUCGCCGUCUCAUUUUUCAUCUACCAAAGUCAGCCGUCUGCGAGCGGUAUCAUGGAGGGCUCAGGGGCUGCGUCUGCAUUGGCACAGCUUAAGAACCGGGCAAUUUUCACAUUCGGGUUUAUGGAGAUGAUGUUCUGGCUCUGGAUAUUCGUUACUAUCCGGGAGGAGAAACAAGCAGUGGCUUCACGGUUUGUAGAGCGUGAUCAAUAG